CCAGAAUGGCAAGUUCAAGGCUUCAUAUAUUCGUCCUGGCUUUCUGUGCAAGCCUUCUUUUUCCAAGCAACUGCAGCCAUGGCGAUUCCGGGCUUCAGGAGAAACGUGCAGCGUUGUUCAUCUUUGGUGAUUCACUAUUUGAUGUUGGAAAUAAUAACUACAUUAAUACUACCAUUAGCUUUAAGGCAAAUAACUGGCCAUACGGAGAAACCUUCUUCAAGUACCCCACCGGUAGAGCUUCCGAUGGCCGUCUAAUCCCUGAUUUCAUUGCUGAGUAUGCAAAGUUGCCAUUCAUACCACCAUAUUUACAACCUGGCUUCAACAACUACACUUAUGGGGUGAACUUUGCAUCUGCUGGGGGUGGUGCUCUAUCUGAAACUCAUCAAGGAUUUGUGAAAGACCUUAAAACUCAAGUGAGUUAUUUCAAGAACGUCGAGAAGCAGUUGAGGCACAAACUAGGUGAUGCCGGAGCCUACACAUUUCUAUCAGAAGCUGUUUACUUGAUUAGCAUUGGAAGCAAUGAUUAUUAUACCCCAGUCCUAACAAAUUCAAGUUUGUUUGCGUCCCACUCACAUGAAGAAUAUGUUGGCAUGGUGGUUGGCAACCUGACAGAUGUGAUCAAAGAAAUAUACAAGAAAGGAGGAAGGAAAUUCGGGUUUGCAAACGGGGUUCCUCUCGGUUGUAUACCUUCCAUGAGAAUACUUAAACCAGAAAACAUAGGCGACUGCGCGGAGGAAGUUACUGCCCUGGUGAAACUACACAGCAGAGUAGUUGCUAAAGCCCUCCUAAAGCUGAAGAGCCAACUGCAUGGAUUCAGAUAUUCAAAUGCAAACUUCUACACUCCCUUAACUGAUACAAUUAAUAACCCAUCAAAAUAUGGUUUCAAGGAAGGAAAGAUGGCAUGCUGUGGUUCUGGUCCAUACAGAGGAAUUAUGAGCUGUGGUGGGAAGAAUGGUUCAGAGUUUCAGUUAUGUGACAAUGUUACUGAAUAUGUCUUUUUUGACUCUGCCCACCCAACAGAGAGGGUUUACCAGAAAAUAUCCAAGUUAUGGUGGAGUGGAAGUCCCAAUGUGACUAAGACGAGCAAUAAUCUAAAGGAGCUGUUUGAAGUUUAGUUUCAUAAGCAAUUCUGCAUUUUGCAGACAAUUUCUUUUUCAAAAUAAAUUAAAGUUCGAUACAUCA